AAAUUGGAAGCAACAAUCAUAUCUUAUACUGAAGAACGACAAGAAAUUAAAAACAGUCUAUUAUAUAAAGAAUUCAAUAAACCAAAAAAGAAUAAAGAUCUUGAAGACUUUGACAAAUAUUUGAUUGAUUUAGGAGCAAUAACACUUGCAGAACAAAAACCAGAGGACUUUGAACACAGAUACUGGUUGAAUAAUACAAAAACAAUUGCGAAGUGGAUUGGAAUUAACACCGUGUUAUAA